AUGGCUACUUUGGAGACACUAGUCAAACAACAAACCACGCAGGCCGGCUAUAUCUCUCAUAUGUGGACGAAUAUGCAGAAACUUGGCCAGGCGAAAAUCGAUCAACACGAAAUUAAGUCGCGCUUGACGCGGCUUGACAAUUACUGGGAGCAGUUUCAAGAGCGACACUUUGAGCUGAUCGCUCUCGAGGGUUUCGAGGCGAGCGCAUAUAAUAAAAGCGAUGUCUUCACCACCACUGAAGAAAGUUAUUUCUCCGUGCGAGCUCAGUUUCUGACAGCCCUAUCUAAGAAACAAACGCCGGAGCGGAGGAUGAAUCGGAAGCUGUUCUCGGGCGAUCAACUCGCAUGGGAGGAUUUCCGCGACCUCUUCAGCUCGCUCGUGCAUAAUGUGCCGGACAUCCCCGCGGUGCAGAAAUUGCAACAUCUGAGAAGCUGUCUCUCUGGGGAGGCAGCGGCGGUGGUGGCGAAGGCUCCAGUAACCGAUGCCGCCUAUGAGGGAGCGUGGAGCGAUCUGGUCGCUCGGUAUGAUAAUCGGCGCAUUCUACUUUUCAGUUACAUGCGUAACUUGCUGUCUUGCCCGGGUCUGUCUAAGGCGUCACCGGCAGAGCUUAAACGCUUGCUCGGAGUUGUAACGCAAUCGAUUCGAGCUUUCGCGUCGUUAGAGCGUCCCGUCGACAAGUGGGAUGAUUGGUUCGUGCACUUGCUCGUCACCAAGACGGACUCCCAGACACGUCUUCAGUGGGAGACCUCGCUGGGAAAUUCGCGCAAUUUUCCUUCCUUCCAGCAACUAAGAGACUGGAUGGAAAAUCGCAUCCGAGCUCUGGAGGUGGCAAACCCGGAUGUCUCCCCUACCCAGGCCGCGUCCGCGUCGGGAUCCAGGGCUAUCAAACCUGCGCGUGUCUCUGCGAAUGCGACUUCCACUUUCAAGCCAAAGCCGAACGGAAAGUGUCCACUCUGCAAAGAGAAUCAUCUGCUCUCCUACUACGCCAAAUACAAGGGCCUGACCGUGGCUAACCAGGGCGAGUUGGCCAAGAAAUUUAACUUGUGCCUCAGCUGCCUACGCACGGGGCAUCGAGUAGAUGCGUGCGCGGCUACAGGUCGAUGUCUGGUCUGUUCCGGUAAGCAUCAUACAUCGCUACAUGGUUUUACAUUUCAACACGUUGCAAACCCCGAGUCGUUGGAGGGAGGUGAAAUCGGCACGGUGACGAGUAGUAGCACUGCGACUACGAGCGUCGCUGCUUUGGCGGCGCCGACGGCGCCCACGGUUCUCUUGAAGACGGUUAUGGUCACCUUGCUCAGUGACUCGGGGCGCACGAUCAAGGUCCGAGCACUCCUGGACUCGGGUGCACAGUCAACCUUCGUGACGGAGUGGGUCGCGCAGCAGUUGCACGCCAGGCGACGGCGAGUGAACGUGACGGUUCUGGGCCUCCAGGAGGCUCACAUGGGCGUGGUUUCUUCUUCCUGCAGGCUCACUGUGAGCUCUCCUCAUAAGCCGAGUUUGCGCCUUCCAACCGAAGCUCUGGUGCUUCGAAGCUUGACAAGCUUAUUGCCGCCGGAGCGCGUGAGGACGACGUCUUGGCCGCAUCUCAGCGGGUUGGAGCUGGCGGAUCCAGCCUACGACGUCCCGGCCCCGGUCGGUGCCGUGCUCAGCUCGGACGUCUAUGAUCUGGUGAUGGAACCAGCCCUGCGUCAUGGACCACCGGGCUCUCCCUCUGCGCAGCUCACUGCGUUUGGUUGGGUACUGUCCGGGCUGGCCCCGGUGGACCGUGGGAUGACGACCGCACAUCGCAUUUCGGUUAACUUUGCGCGAACCAACGAGGAUCUCUCUCGCGCAGUUCAGCGCCUGUGGGAGUUAGAGGAGGUUAGCUCUAAGUCGCCUCUGACUCCUGACGAGAUUUGA